AUGUCUCCUAUGCGCCAAUUGAGCCCAUCUUCCGCAGCAGUGGCGUUGCUGUCUUUAACAGGCGCAUUGUGGCCAACCAGCGCACUUGCGGGGAACAAUGACAACAGCGAGGGAUACAAACUGAGAGAGGAUAUCCCAGUGUCAUGUCUGAACCGGACCAUGGAAGGAGAGCAUGUCACUGACAAUCUCGGCAAACUCCAAUACGUCCCCUUCGUGACCUGCAACGAAACCGCCCGCCCUCUCUCCCUCCACUACGGCAUCUCCGAAACAAUAACAUGCACCAUCGACUCCCUCUCCGAUGAGUUGUACCAUCUCCUCGAGUUCUACGUCCACGCAGAUGUACCAAUGAGCUGCCGCGUGCCAACAGCGCCGCUAACACCAUCCGCCGGCGCAGCAGAGCGCGCGGACAAAGACUCGGACCAGAAGUCAGGAGAUGCAGACACCCUCUCCGCACUAGCCGAAAACGGGCCCCCCUUCACGCCGCUCACAAUCGCGCUGCAGGGCACGCUCCAGCGGAGCCAUUUGCACAUCUGGACGGAUAUGAACGUCGUCAUGCACAACAUGGCCUCGGACGCGGCUGCAGAACAAAACACCAAGACCACCGGCCGCCAGUCUGGACAGCCCGGCUUCGCGGUUGGCGGUAUUGCAUACUCGACUCCCGAGUUCGACAAUACCGGCAAGAAUGCCAAGCUUGACGAGGACGAGGAACCUGUUGCUCUUGCUCAGGCGGCGCGCGAGCCUUGGACUGCCGGGCACGGCACUAAGGUUGUGCGUGGAGAGCCGCUUACCUUCUCUUUCCACGUUGCGUGGCUGGAGGGCGGUGCCAGUAUUGGGUGGCCGGUGCGGCCUGCUUUGGACUCGUGGCUGGCUUUGGCGACUGGAUCUGGGAAGAGCUCUGGGUCUUUCUUUUCUAAGCUCGUGUUCUUUGUUAUGGCGGCUUCUGUUGGCGCUUUGGUUGCGUUGUUCUGGGAGCGCAAUGGUGGGCGUGGUCGUGGGCGGGUCGCUUGGCAUGGAGAUGGGCUUUUGGGUGGGACCCCCGCGCGUGGAGCGAAGGGUCCUGGUGUUACUUUUGGCAACGGGGGAAAGAGUAAUGGGUACGGUGGUUACUCUGGCCCUGCUCAUGGCAAUGGCAAUGGCAAUGGGAACGGGGUUGGAACUGGAUAUGGGCUCCCAAGUGGGAAGCGGGAUUGA